AUGUCUACCUUCAAUGGGAAAACAGACUAUGCCCCAGACUAUGCUUCUUACAACUGGACAGGAGCACCGUCAGAGUACUCACUAACCACCAAUGAUGCCUUGGGUGGAAAUUCUCGUCUCGAGAAUGUCAACAAAUGGUUUCAGUCCGGUGAUCAGGCCUACAUUAUUGUGGCCUCAGCGAUGGUCUUGGUGAUGGUUCCCGGUCUGGGUUUUCUAUACUCCGGUUUGGCGCGCCGAAAGUCGGCCUUAAGUAUGAUUUGGGCUUGUAUGGCUUCAAUGUCGGUUGUCACCUUUCAAUGGUAUUUCUGGGGUUACUCGCUUGCAUUUUCCCCUACCGCCACCAAUGGUUAUAUCGGCAACCUACGAAACUUUGGCAUGAUGAAGACUCUUGCGGCACCGAGUCCUGGAUCGCCUCUGAUUCCUGAUUUACUAUAUGCGUUUUACCAGAUGCAAUUCUGUGCUGUUACUGCUGCUAUCGUUAUGGGUGCAGUGGCCGAGCGCGGUCGGCUUCUCCCUGCUAUGGUUUUUGUUUUCGUCUGGGCAACUAUCGUCUACUGCCCCCUCGCCUGCUGGGCAUGGAACGUGAAUGGAUGGGCUUACAAGUAUGGAGUGAUGGACUACGCCGGUGGUGGUCCCGUCGAAAUUGGUUCCGGUUUUACUGCGCUCGCCUAUUCCAUGGUUCUCGGCCGUCGACAGGAACGCAUGAUGCUCAACUUCCGCCCACACAACGUCUCGCUCAUUCUCCUCGGUACCGUCUUUCUCUGGUUCGGAUGGCUGGGUUUCAACGGUGGCUCCGCCUUCGGUGCUAACCUACGUGCCACCAUGGCUUGCUGGAACACAAACCUGACUGCGGCUUUCGGUGCCAUUACCUGGGUUCUGCUUGAUUGGCGUCUGGCUCGCAAGUGGUCCAUGGUCGGUUGGUGUUCCGGUACCAUCUCUGGACUCGUUGCCGCGACUCCUGCCUCUGGUUUCAUCUCCCCCUGGGCGAGUGUGAUUCUGGGUAUCGUGACCGGUAUCGUGUGUAACUACUCGACCAAGAUCAAGUUCUGGAUCCGCAUCGACGACUCUAUGGAUGUGUUGGCUGAACACGGUAUUCCCGGUAUUGUCGGCCUCAUCUUCAACGCCUUAUUCGGAGACGACGCUAUCGUCGGUCUUGACGGUGUUAACACUGGCUCCAAAGUCGGUGGUUGGGUCAUUCACAACUAUAAGCAGCUUUACAUCCAGAUCGCAUACAUUCUCGCUACCGCCAGUUAUGCCUUCGUCAUGUCUGCCCUGAUUGCACUCGCUAUCAACGCUAUCCCCGGUCUUAACCUGCGUGCCUCCGAGGAAGCCGAACUCCUCGGUAUGGAUGACGACCAACUCGGCGAGUUCGCCUACGACUACGUUGAGGUUCGCCGUGACUACCUCGCCUGGACACCUCAGCAAAAGGAUCAGCUUGAAGAUGGUCACCAGAUUCCUGCUGCGGAGCGCUACGGAAUCGGCGAGCACAGCGAAAUGAUCGAGGGACAACCGCCAAACGGUGAAAUCAGUCAGAGUAGCCGUGGUGGAAGUGAGGUAGAGGCGAUUCAGGAAAUCAAGGUUGCACCGGGUCCUCGACAGGUCGCUGAACAGCAUCCUGCUGGUUCUCAUUCACCGCAGGAACCGCCUAUGAUCAAGCAACCUAUCAACGAGAAGACACAGGAUUAA